AUCGGAACAUCCCUACCCACUGCAGACAGACAAGCACAAACUAGUUUUGCUACAAUCUAGAAAGAAGAGAUUUUUACAUUUUUAUUGUGAAACUUCAGUUCUAUUCUACUGUGCAAGUGCAAAUUGAUUGUGCGUUUCAAUCAGAUCUUUUUGAUAUUUUAAAACAAAAGCAAUUAGAGAAAUGGCUAAGGGUAAAAAUAAGGAUAAAAAGAAGAGUGAAUUGCCCAGUAAAGGUGAAACAAGUGCAAGCUCCUCUGCAAUCACUGAACCUUCUACAUCAAGACAAGAAACUCCAGCAGUGGAAAAAGGAACCACUGGAGGAGUUCAUCAAAAGAAAGAACAAACUAUUAUAUGUGAAGCACCUCCGCCGGCUGAACCUAAACCUGAGCCUCAGCCUUCGCCCGCUCCAGUGGCGGUAGAAUCGGUCGAAGAAGAAUUUGUUGGCUUAGGUCUUGGAUCUUCAAAAAAGAAAAGACCACGUAAAAAGAAGGAGGCAAUAUCAGCGCCUUCAACCUCCGCUCCGGUUAUAGCUGCGCCAGUUGUUCAAGCAGUUGCGGUUACACAACCACCCUACGUGCAAGCUGCGCCUCGGGAGGCACACGCAUCUGUUAUAUCUCAGCCCAGGGGAUGGGGAACACACUCACAAGGUCCUCCGCAACAAGGUCCUCCGCAACCAGGUCCUUCGCAACCAGGUCCUUCGCAACAAGGUCUUCCGCAGCAAAGUCCUCCAAUACGAGGCCAUCCGCAACAAGGCCCUCCGCAGCAAGGACCUCCAGUACGAGGCCCGCUGCAACAAGGCCCUCCGCAACAACGCCCACCGCAAGCAGACCCUUACUCGCAAACAGCCGGUGGUGGUCGUGGUCGCGGUGGUGGUCGCGGACGAGGCGCAGCACCACCAUCAUAUACUCAAGAUCCGAGACCAGGGCCAGCAUCUGUGCCAUUGAUUGCCCAAGGUGACGUGCACACUAAAGGGGGCACCCCACCCAAAAUUCCUGACAAAAUCGUUGGUCGGACUGUGUCAGCACAGGAAAUUCGUCUCCUGACAAAUUAUCUUCCGAUGACUUUCAAACCAUUGAUAAUUAAUCGGUACGAUGUUAUCUUCACACCUGAUAGACCAAAGAAAAUGCUUCCGAAAGCAUUCCUCGCGGCCAAAAAUAAACUAUUUCCGAAAAGUUUGAUUGCAUUUGAUCAAGUGAAGAUUUGUUAUGCUUUGGAACCCCUAUCUCAUGUAACUCAAACUGAGCGUUUAAGUAAAACAGUCGAAAUAGAGGACAUCAAUGGAAAGCUGAUGACUUUCGAAGUCAGUUUAAAGGGAACCGGUGCUGUUAACUUGGGACAUAUUCACAAUCACAUGGCCCAAGGUGGCUCUUCCCAUUUUACUCCAACCGACGUAAUCCAAUGCAUAGACGUCAUUCUUCGCCAGGGAACAUUGGAGUCUUAUGUAAAGUCUGGGCGACAAUUUUUCAAGCGACCAAACACUCCAAUAUAUCUCGGUGACGGAUUGGAAAUGUGGACUGGAUUGUUCCAGUCUGCUAUUUUCACUUCUAGUGCUUUUAUCAAUAUCGACGUCGCACAUAAAGGUUUUCCGAAGGCGCAACCGCUAGUAGAUGCGCUGGUUAAUGACUUUAGACUGGAUACGAAAAUGCCUGUCGAACAACAAAGAGGCCGCGGCGUCGAUGCUUUCAUGAGCUUCAUAAAGGGCCUCAAGGUGAUGGCGUCGGUCGGUGGGGAUGAAUCAGCAACAGGCCUGAAGCGCGAAUUCAUUUGCAACGAUCUAGUGAAGUCACCACGCGAAACGAGGUUCACUAGAACGGAGAAUGGCAAAGAAGUCACUAUGUCUGUCGAACAAUACUUUUACCAAGAAAAGAGACUUAGAUUAAAAUACCCGCACCUUAACUGCGUAUGGGUAGGACCUCGAGACAAGAACAUUUUCUACCCCAUGGAGUUGUUAACGGUGUCUUAUGGUCAGGUCGUGAACAAGCAGUUGAACGAAAUGCAGCUUUCCACUAUGGUGAGGGAAGCGGCAACGCCACCUGACAUACGCAAGCGCAAGAUUGAAGAAGUGAUAAGCAGUAUGAAUUACUCCAACAAUGUAUACUUCAAGAAGUUCGGCUUGGAAAUUGGAAAAGAAUUCAUCGAAGUGAAAGCGAAAGUACUUAAGGCUCCAGUAUUGGAUGUCGGCGGUGGUCAAACCAUUCUUCCACGAAGAGGCGCAUGGCAAGCUCAGCGGCUUUUUAAAGCUGAGAAUUUGGAUUCGUGGGCGUUCAUUGCGCUGGACCUCGAUCCACGCGCAAGUAACUCGGAGACUAUUAUCUCUCUGUUGCAGAGAGAAGGCAGUAGAUUAGGCAUGAGAAUCGCCACACCGGCUGCCGUAGUGCACAACGUGAGGAUCACAGAGCUGUAUAGUCGUCUGAUGACUUUCGCGAAUUCCAAAAUAAAAUUCGUCGUUAUCGUCGUUGCAACUCGAGGAAAGGAUUAUUAUCAUAAGGUGAAACAAGCAGCAGAGCGAGAAGUUGGCAUACUGACACAGUGUAUCAAGGAGUUCACGGCAUCGAGGAAGAUGAACCCUCAAACAGCUAAAAAUAUUUUAUUGAAGAUUAACUCCAAACUUAUGGGGAUCAAUCAAGCCUUGGACCGUUCGUGCACGCCGCGAAGCUUGCGAGACGAAGACGUCAUGGUGGUAGGCGCUGACGUCACACAUCCUUCCCCAGAACAGUCAACGGUACCAAGCAUCGCAGCUGUGGCGGCAUCGUUUGAUUCAAAAUGCUUCAUGUACAACAUCCAACUGAGUGUACAAACGCCGAAGAAAGAAAUGAUAGUCGAGUUCGAGGAUAUGAUGCUGGAACACCUUCAGCUCUACAAGCAGAAGAACAAUGUUCUGCCUAAGAAGAUAUACGUCUUCCGUGACGGAGUUUCCGAAGGACAAUUUGAGCAGGUGAUGAGAAGCGAACUGGUUGCCGUUCACAAUGCCUACCGACGACUGUCGCAAGUGAAACCUGAAGUGUUGUUCCUAUUGGUGCAGAAGAGACAUCAUACUCGAUUCUUCGUGCCGCAAAGCUCUAACAACGUAGAACCGGGUACAGUAGUUGACACUACUAUUGUUCAUCCUCGAGAGUUGGACUUCUAUAUGGUGUCCCACCAAGCCAUAAAGGGCACAGCUCGCCCCACCCGCUACCACGCCUUGUGCAAUGAUGGCGGAAUCCCGCACGACGAAGUGGAACAACUGACCCAUUUCCUCUGCCACCUUUAUGCGUGCUGCAUGCGCUCCGUGUCGUACCCCACACCGACUUACUACGCCCAUCGCGCUUGUCUGCGUGCUCGGUCUCUUACAUACGGCGAAAGGUACGACAAUCACGAGCUGGAGAGGAAUCCGAAGCGCCUUCGUGUUCUCGACAGAAUGCUUUCGUACAGCCGCAUGUUCUUCGUAUAAAAACAACGAUCCUCUCCUGUUAUACCGACCUACAAUCCCUUUUAAAUUAUGCUAUUUUGAGUUACAUCAAAACUGUUAAAUGGCAGCACAAAAGGAACAUUGUAAUAAACAAAAAUUAACAUGUUUGAAUUGAAAUACAGGUUCUGAUUUAAAAUACAACUUUUAUGCAAUGUGGUGGAAUUAUAAAUUUGUCAUAUCCAUGAGCAAUUUUAUUUCUUGAAUGCAUUGGAUGACUGUUAUAUAAUGUAAAAAGAUAAGUGCGUAAAUUAAAUAGGGAUUUGGUAAACGGCUUUUUUUUAUUUAAUCGUCAAACGCCAGAGUUGGAAAGGUAAAAAUCCAUGUCUCUUUUUAUUUUUUUCUAUUUUUCAGUCAGGUAUGUAGAUAAAGGGAAUAAAGUGAUAAUAUACAAAUGUAUAUACAUAUUACGGGAGAGUUAAAAUAUAGUUCCAAGAAACACAAGGAAUAAAAUAGAAAUACGGCCUAGACAACGCCCUAACUUGAAAUUUUAAAUAAGAACGAUGUUCAUAUUAGCACCCAAAUUAUUUAAUACAUUACCGGAUGCUGUUAAAGAAUUACAUUGUAGACGAUUUAAAAUGAAAUUGCACAAUUUGUUACUCAAAGCUACUACAAUAUUGAUCAUUUUUUUACUUGAUAACAAAAUGUAAAAUUUAACUAUGUAUAUUAUAUUUUUGACUGUUGUUUGUUUAUGCUUGUGUUAAUUUAACUUUAAUACAUACUACAUCGAAAAUACAAAAAAGAAUGGUGUAAAAUGUUCGCAUGACAAGGUUAUGGUCAAAUGUACGAUCUAAUAUAAUAUACUAUAAGACCUGCAAUGUUAACUACAUUUUUCAGCGAAUAAAUGUCUUGUAUCUAGUGAAAUCGUCAACAUCUCUCGUACUUGCAAGCAAUGGCAGCCAAAGUGACGUCAUUGGAUGCGUAAAAUUAACAACACAACCUUUAGUAUCUACAUACAGUUCUUGAAUAUUUUGCAUUCUUUACUCGCGAAAAAAUGUGGGAGAGUGGCUGCAGUACCUUACACAUAUUAAAGUUUAUUUUUCAUUGUUCUUUCGUCGUGUUUUGUCGUCGUUACGUUUACGCCAUUAUUCUUUAAUAGUUAUGUAAUUUAAAAAUAUAUAUGUAUUACUUAGAGUCUAAAAAUGCAACAAAAAUUCGCAAAUAUUAUCGCUGUAUUCCCUUGGACCGUCGAUAUUAAGAUUUACUUCUGAACGGUAUUCUGAAAAUUAAGAUGUAACCGAUUAUUACAGGGAGUUGAAAAUGGUUGUUGUGUGAAAAUGUUCAAAUUGUUUCUUUUACAAAUACGUAAUCGUGUAUUUCAAUAUUGUUCAUGUCGUUUGAACAUAGAAUCUCUUUUUCACAUUCUACUUGUAUAUUAAGACAAUUGCUUUUGUUAUUUUUUGGAUUAGUUUAUUUACUAUUAAUGAUCACAGUGUUAGGCUCAAUUUACAUGCCACGGAAUGAACUUAAUAGCAUAAUGAACUUUAUAAAUCAAUUGGGUAACGUACAAAGCAGAUACGCUACGGUAGCUGCGGAAAUUCUCGAGACAUCGCAAGAAUUCGCCCGAACCUGUUUAUUGACUUCAAUCUAAUUUUUACAAUUGACAAAGUUCAUUGUGGUAUGAUUACAAAAAAUCGGUUUCAUUCAGGCACGGAAGAAAAAAAACAAAGGAAGUGUCUUAAGCUUCGAUUACUACUUAGAGGAUAGAAAAAGUAAAGAGAUUACUGUCAGAACCUCUGUCGUUAAAACUCAAACAUUCGUAAUUUGAAACACUUUGAAAUGUUGAUAAUGAUUGAUCGCAGUUUUUAAUUUAAAAAGAAAUAACAAAUUCUGGAUUGUUAAUAUAAUUUAAAAUUUACCCUGUUGGCAUAUCAUUGAAUACCUACCUAUUAUUGCAAGUUAUG